AUGGACUCCCAGUGGCAGCAGGGCUAUGCCGACUCGGCCGGCACUGCGAGGAGAUACAAUGGCACUGGCGCCCAGAUGCCACGGGGAGACUACAACGGACAGCAGGUUCCCCAGGGCCAGCCUCCUGCCGGCUUCAAGUACGAUCAAUAUCAGAGCCCUGGAGGUAUCUCUUCUCACACUGCCAGCGCUGCCACCUCCCCCAUGUCCACUCCCCAGAUGCGCGACGGGAACGGCGACAUCCCCAUGCACGAUGUGCAAGACUCAUACGCUGGAAUGAAGUACCCGAUGAGACCUCAUCAUCAGUCCCAUCUCUCAGGCAGUCGGUCUUCCACGCUGUAUUCGUCCCAAGAGCCCUCAGCUGCUGCCCAACGGUAUUCGCCAAUGGAGGCCCUGUCCCCCACCUCGCCUUACGCGCCCAAGUCCGCACAGAGUCAGUUCGCAUCACCUCCGGGACAACGACAGUCCCCGACGAGACAAUCCGACUAUCUCCCACAGAGCCCCCAUUAUGGUAGUCGCCAGCAGGGACAGCAGCUCCCCCCCAUGUCUCCCUACGCCUUGGGCCAUGAGAAUUAUCCGUCUUCCACUGUUGCCGCCCUCGACAGUGCCUUUGCCGCCGACCCCAAAUCACCGCGACGCCCGAUUCCUCAGAGAGGACCUGCUCCCGAAUUCAGACCAUGCAGAGGGCCGACAGACCUUCGGCCAAAGGUCAGCUCGCAGCCUCCUUUCCGCCGUGCCAACCCGGAAGGCGGAUUUAUCAGUCCCCUGCAAGCGCUCACGGUGCACCUGCCUGCCACUUACAGAAUAUGCAACCCGAAUUUCAAAUACGAAUCCUCGCGUAACCCCCGUCGAGUCCUAACGAAGCCAAGCAAGGGCGUGAAGAACGACGGAUACGACAACGAAGACAGCGACUACAUCCUCUAUGUGAACGACAUACUGGGCUCUGAAGAAGCUGGUCACAAGAAUCGGUACCUUAUCCUCGAUGUUUUGGGUCAGGGCACUUUCGGCCAAGUCGUCAAGUGUCAAAAUCUCAAGACUCAAGAGGUCGUGGCUGUAAAAGUCAUCAAGAACCGCACAGCAUACUUCAACCAAAGUAUGAUGGAAGUGUCUGUUCUGGACCUGCUCAACACCAAGCUCGACAAGAACGAUGACCACCACCUUCUGCGACUCAAGGACACUUUCAUUCAUCGCCAACACCUGUGUCUGGUGUUCGAGCUUCUCAGUGUCAACUUGUACGAGCUGAUCAAGCAAAACCAGUUCCGAGGUCUAAGCACGACUCUCGUCCGCGUUUUUGCCCAACAGCUCCUGAACGGCCUGGCACUGCUGAACAAAGCCCGUCUCAUCCAUUGCGACCUGAAGCCGGAGAAUAUUUUGCUCAAGAAUCUCGAGAGCCCCAUCAUCAAGAUUAUCGAUUUCGGAUCCGCAUGUGACGAACGCCAAACAGUCUACACCUACAUCCAGUCGCGUUUCUACAGAUCUCCAGAGGUUCUGCUGGGACUUCCCUACUCCUCUGCCAUCGACAUGUGGUCACUUGGCUGCAUCGUUGUAGAGCUGUUUCUGGGACUUCCUCUGUUCCCCGGCUCCUCCGAGUACAACCAGGUUUCCCGUAUCGUAGACAUGCUUGGAAACCCACCAAACUGGAUGAUCGAGAUGGGCAAGCAAGCUGGCGAGUUUUUCGAGAAAAGACAGGACGAGUUUGGUCGACGAACGUAUCAGCUAAAGAGCAUGGAGCAGUACGCCAGGGAACACUCGACAAAGGAGCAGCCUAGCAAGAAGUACUUCCAGGCGAACACUCUCCCGGAGAUUAUCAAAUCCUACCCCAUGCCGCGCAAGAACAUGAAGCAAAGCGAGAUCGACAGAGAAAUGAACAAUAGAAUCGCCUUCAUUGACUUUGUCAGGGGUCUAUUGAACAUUAACCCUCUGGAGCGUUGGUCGCCGCAGCAAGCCAAGCUGCACCCGUUUAUCACCCAGCAGAAAUUCACUGGGCCAUUUGUACCGCCGAUGAACCUGAAGUCUAGUUCUCUGAAUAGGUCCCCGGCACCGGGUACUCAACAGCAGCAACAGGCUGAGGCUUUGAGCAAGCAAAGGGCACAGGCGGCUCAGGCACAGGCGAACUCCGCCGCACAAGGAGCUUAUGCCUCAAUGGCUGCACAGUACCAGCAGCCGGGACACUCCCAAGGCACUCCGAUGUACGGGAACAACAUGUACUCUCCAAGCAACGCCCACGCAACUCAACCACCGCCAUAUGGUGCGCAACAAGGCGGGUAUGCGCAGAUGCCGAUGGCUCAAGCGCCGCAGCAAAUGCCACCCGGUCCUUACGGCAAUGUCUCCCAGCAGCCUGGUCUCUACCCCCAAACGGGAAUGCGGCCCCCUCGUCAACGUGCUUCCACCAUGGAGCAGCAGCAGAGUGGUAUCCCCAUGGCUAUUCAACGUGUGGCAAGUCAUCUUGACCCGAGCCAACCCAUCCGACUCCAACCCAGUCCAGCGUACUACCCCCCUCCUGCUGACGGAGGUAUGGCUGGUAUGGACAACACGCCUGGUCGGGCAGGCAGACGCGGGAGCCGGGCCCAACAAGGUGGAAGAGGCAAUCGAGACUUUAUCCGCAACCUCGAGGAGCGAACGUUGGAGGAGGGCUUUAUGGGUAACCCAAACCCAUGGCACUGA